GGCUCUUAAUCUUCCACGAGAGAAACUCUCCAGAGAUUCACAGAACAAAGGAUGCUUCCCACUAGAUAAUAAGGAGAUGGAGGAGGCCAGAUUGGGAAUGGAAGGAGCUCAGGGAAAUUGUAUACAGGUGCAUCAAUGUAGUCCUGCAGGGAUCCUCCUCCACCAGGGGGUGGCUGGACCACAUCAAAGCAGACCCUCAGCAGAACGGCGGGUCCCCUAAACCUCCUGAACGAACCAGGAUCCUAUAAAAAGAGCCUUUCCUUGCACAUGUUUGUGUAAGCAACUAAACUCUCUCUCUCUCUUUUCUUUUUCUGGCUGAAGAUUUCAGUUUGAAUUGUGUUCCCGGUUCCAAUGUAAAACCGCGAGAGUCGUGCCCGCUCGUUACGUCCGUGCAGUUCUUCGUGUGCACUUGGAGUCUCCGAGCGCAGCCAUAGGAAUUACUUUGCGCGGCUGACGUCAGGAAUACCUCACCAAGCAGCAGCGGCGGUGGGCAGGGAGCUGCUUCUGCCGAGGAGAAGGAGGAGGAUAUGAGGAGCAAUCGUGGAAGAGGAGUCAGUCCGACCUUGUCUGGCUGCUCGCGCGUAAACGCUGCGAAAAGAGUUGGCGGCGUCUGAAGCCACUUCGGGCGCGCACAACUUUGGCCCUCAUUCAUGUUUUUUUGGGGGGUGGGAUUCGCAACACAUCCACGUCUAGGUGAUGUGCACAGGAAUACAUCAGCACUACUCCAACCUCUUCCGCAUAUUGGAUUUCAAUGCAAAGAGAAGGUCGCCAACGUCCCUCUGAGGAUUCGGGAAAUGCAAAUUGCUGCUGACGCGGACUCUGUUUUAUCUUUUUUUCCGUAACUUUUAAAAGGUUUUUUUUAUUUUUUAUCCUAAAGGAUUUUGAUCAACUCGCGAAAGCAUUUUGGCUCCAUGUGCAUGAAUACUCGUUGCAUUGCACGUAUUAGGAACGGUUAAGCCUGCGCGUUGUACAGCGCACACAUUCGGGCACAAUGCGUCUGAUUUGAACCCCUCCGCCUGUACGAAGUGCCAACAUUCACAUCCAGCCGGCAUGGCGAACGAGUGCAAUCGCAACAUUGUGGAGAAGUACAUCUGCCAUAAACUCUCCAAACGGGGCUACGUGUUUGGAUUUGACGACGUCCGAGAUGAAGAUGCCGCCGGUGGCUGCUUAAUAGUUGUCCCGCCGCCGACUCUGGUCCGCCGGUGCCGUGAAUCCGGCACCGGGCCCGACAGCGAGAACGAGACCGUCCCCCACCUCUGCAAACGGCUCCCCCAGUCCGAGCCCACCGCCGCCAUCCACCGGGUCCUGCGCGAGGCUGGGGACGAACUCGAGAGAAUGUACCAGCCGGACUUCACGGAGAUGUCGCGCCAGCUGUAUCUCACCUCCACCACGGCGCAGAGGAGGUUCGCCGAGGUGAUAGACGAACUGUUUCGGGACGGGGUGAAUUGGGGCCGGAUUAUCGCGUUCUUCGAGUUCGGGGGCACGGUGUGCGCGGAGUGCGCCGCCAAGCACGAGAUGACCUCGCAGGUGGACAACAUCGCCGAGUGGAUGACGGAGUAUUUAAAUGGACCUCUGAACAACUGGAUACAAGAUAACGGGGGAUGGGAUGCCUUUGUGGAGCUGUAUGACAGACGGAGGGACUCCCUCUUCAACUGCUCCUGGCCCUCCAUGAAGAUGGUCUUCGGUCUGGCAGCUCUCGGGGCCGCCAGCCUCACCAUCGGAGCGUACCUUACGCAGAAGUGAACGCGCCCCUGUUCUACCAGCCUGACUUUGUUCUUCCUCCUCCUCCUUGUGCCUCUUCCUUUUUUCUUCCUCUCCCUUUUUUAUAUCGAUGCCCCUGACCCCUCAGAGACAACCUUCAAACUCUUCUGAAUCGUGCGCUCUUCAAAGCGCCCUCUCAGAAAACUCUCCCUCGCCCAUUCCAUGUCAAAACACACACAAAUCAAAACAAUGGAAGCAACCCGACGUCUUGAGAAGAUCACAAAGAUCAAGCGAUCGCACUAAGCCGAGUGCGACCGAGGAGGAAGGGAGGUGGCAUCGCUGGCAUGCAUCUAUUAUAUUUUUAAUUGGUUUGGUUCCGCCUGCUUCUGUACUAGUCAUAGCAUGAAUGUUGAGUGUUAGUGUAGACGUUGCAUGUGUCUGAGCUCAUGCGGGACCCUCUAUUAGGAGGCCUUGGCGAUGGACAAUGAUGCCCCACGAGAGGAAGCGGCCACACGAUCCACCCCUGCUUGUUAGGGUGAAGAAACCCCGUUUGAACGACGGACUCCAGUUACACCCCCCCCCCCCCUGCAGCCGCCCUUCAAAGGACUUCCUCCACAGAACAGCUGCUCCGAAUGUAUAAUGGCAACAGCUCGCUCCAACCAGCUUCGCUGCUCAGACAGCUCCAGUGAGUCUGAACACACUCCUCCAUGAGACCCUCACAGGCCUCUCCAGAGCCAGGCUGAGCUCUGCUGGGCUCCUUUUUUCUUUCCGCAGAGCUCGAAAGCUCCUGGAUUUUCGCAUCAUGCCAAAAUCCCCAAAUUGUGUGUUUUUUUAAAUCACAGGGGGAAAAAAAGAAAGGAGAAUGGUGAAAAUCACGCCGGAGAAGCCCCGUCGUUGCAUGAAAUAUCAAAUGUUGAUGAAUAUAUUGAGAGAAAUGUCGAGCACAGCACAAAAGAGGGAGGUGAGAGGACUAGAACGCCUCUCGCAGAGGGAAGAGGCACAUGAACAUAUACGGGCUGGGAAAUGUGCGUUCCUCCGGCAGAGCGAUGGGAACCAGAGCACUCCUCUGCAACAACAAUAAAUCACUCACCUUUCAUGAAAAAAAGAAAAGACAAGAAGCACCGUCACUGUUCACAUGUUAGCACCAAGCCACUCUUCACGGCUCUUUUCUAUUUUCUACCAGCUGUGUCACUCGGCCCGUUUGGGCUCACCACGCUGACCCGGUCCACAUGUGUCAUCUCGUGCUGCUGGAAUACACUCUGACAGAAGCCCCCCCCCCCCCCCAUCCCGGUUUGGGACUGAAGCCAGUGCGUCCGGUGUGCUGGAACCGGAGAUGCCCCCUUUCUCUCCGGUCCGCAAAUGCAUCCAGUCAUUGAUUUUGUUUUAUUGAUGUUUGUCUUGUGUUACAGUCUGAUAGAACAUUUCGAAGUGCUCGCUCGCUCCAAAAUAUUUUUGGUUUAGAUUUUUUGGAUAGUUGGUUAUGGAAAAGUGAUUUUUUUUCUUUCUUUCUUUCCUCUGUCAUAAAAAAAAUCGUCAACUUCUUUGUUGCAUGUAUGAAAGAUAGUCUUCACACAACCGAUAUGUGUAACCAUAUUUAUAACAGAGUAGGGUAGCAUAUAACAAAACGAAUAACAUCAAAGGAGUUUCUUUUUUUCUAUUUAUUGAGAGGUACCAGAUCACAGAUUUUUUAAACAGUACUUUGAUGAAAUUUGUAUUGUUUUCACUUUUUUUCUAUUCUAAGGAAUCACACUGUAAUUUCUUUUUUGCCCGGCUGCUAUUAUAACAAAGAUGUUUCUUUUUCCUUUUUCUUUCCUUCUAAAGUGAACCUUAGUGUCGUAUUAACGUCGGCUUAAGGCUGCUCUACUGUCCAUUUUACUUUGACUUACAGCUUAAACUGCCACAGAUUUACAGAGAGCUGGAAACCAAAGUUAACUUGUAAUCUUUGAGAAAAAAAGAAAAAAAGAAAAGUAGCUAAAAGAAAGGAGAAGAAAAAGACACGUGGCUUCACAUCACUGAGUUUGUUCAGUGAGGUUUUCUCUCUGUCUAGUGUUACUGUAAUAUAUCAGCUAUCCUUUAGUCAGCGUUGAUAACUCAGUGCUUAUCUGUAAAAAGACCUGCCAGACUUACACCUGGUCUCAGUCGUCACUAUAAACCCGUUUGAUCAUUACAGCAGCUCACAGUGUGUGAUAUAUUUCUAGUGGUGUGUGUGUGUGCACGCGGGCGCGUGUGUGUCAGAGGGAACCACGAGGUGAUUUAUGAUGAGCAGGAGUAGGAACGGCUCAACAGCAAUAUACUGUCAUUUUUUUAUAUUCUGUGUGCAUAUAAGAAUGUAGGCGCCACGGUUGCUGUUCUGUUUUAUGUCUAUAAUCACAAACUUGUAGCACUUAAAAAAAUGGAGGAAAAAAUGAAAAAAGUGAAUUGUGUUUUAUGUUUACUGCUAUAUCCACAAUAAGAUAGCGGGGUCAUAUUGUUCCUAAUAAACCGGAUUUCUCAAACA